CGAAUUAAUUUCCCAUCUCGGGAAGGUCUGGUGUUGGUGGGCAAAAGGAAGAAGAUAAAAACGAAGUUUUUCAUUUAAACCCUAAAUCUGACUACCUCAGAGUUCAGACCCUCAAGAUCGUUCCCUCUAAACCCUAGGAUCCCCUCCUCUGUUUCUGGAUCGACCCAACAAGAUUUUAUGAGUUGGGUUGAUUUGAAAGAUCGUAAGGGGUUCGGAACGAAAAUUUCGUCUCUGUAAAUUUUUUUUGAGAAUGGAUGCAAGAGAAGCUACGAGGUUAGCUUCAUCCGAACCCCCAGGAAUGAUGGCGGGUCCCAACACAUACGGGAUGAGCUUGCACACCACUUCAAUGCUCAAUCCCAGUUCUGCAGGGAUAAUGCAGAACCUUCGACUUCCAUAUAAUCAGGUUGUCACUCCUGCGUCGAGGCCUUCUGACCCUUCAAACUCUGGUGGGUAUCAUACCGAGGGUUUGAGACCAAGUGGGUUUACCGUGAAUGAACCUGUAAAGAAGAAAAGAGGAAGACCAAGAAAGUAUGGCCCUGAUGGAAGCAUGGCUUUGGGGUUGGUUCCUCUUUCUUCAGUGGAUGGUGGACACUCCAACAACAAUGAUAACAACAAUGAAAAUAACGACAACAACCACCCUAACGAGAGCAGCACUCCAUCGUCUGAACCUCCUUAUAAGCGGAAUAGAGGGCGGCCGCUGGGUUCCGGCAAGAAGCAGCAGCAGGAUGCGCUGGGGGCUCCUGGUGUUGGUUUUACUACCCAUGUUAUCACAGUUAAAGCUGGCGAGGACGUAGCAUCAAAGAUCGUGGCUUUCUCCCAGCAAGGAUCGCGUACAGUUUGUAUCAUCUCUGCAAAUGGAGCAAUAUGCAACGUGACUCUUCGCCAGCCAGCAACUUCUGGUGGCACUGUAACUUAUGAGGGCCGGUUUGAGAUAAUAUCUCUGUCAGGUUCAUUUUUAUUUACGGAGAAUGGUGGCUCUCGGAUCAGAACCGGCGGUUUGAGUGUCGCAUUGGCAGGCUCAGAUGGUCGGGUCUUGGGUGGUGGAGUAGCAGGAAUGCUAAUGGCAGCAGGCCCUGUACAGGUUAUUGUGGGAAGCUUCAUAGCUGAUGGGAAAAAAUCAAAGUCAGAACGCCGACUUUCAUUACCAGCACCCCAAACUGUAGGAUUAGGGGCACCGGUUGCCACAGGCAGCCCCCCCUUUCAAGGGGCCUCAAGUGAGUCGUCUGGACAGCCCGAUAGCCCACUUAACCACAGCUCUGGAGCCUGCAACAACACAGGCCAAAUUCAGGGCUUCUCAUCAUAUUCCUCUAUUCCAUGGGGGUCUCAUUCUGCUAACCCUCACUAAAGUCAUGCUGAUGCUACUUUGCUGCAGAGUUCUCUCAGGAUUUAAUAGUUAAUAAUUUACAUAGAAGGUGAAUAUCAUUUGGGGUGCUAACCAGAGUAUGACAGAAAUACUGAGUGAGCAUCUUGGUAUUGGGAAGAUAGCCAUCUUGGUCACUAGAUAGAACUUGGUGUUUCAAUAGAAGGGUUUCAUGGUGGAUCUAAGGUGGUUUUCUUACCUUGGGACUGAGACAUGUCUCAUCUGUUCAAAGCCGAGAAUAUGGUUGCAUCCCCAGACAUUCUGGAAUUUUUUUUUUUUCUUUUUGUUAUCAAUAAUGAGAAGAUUCUGUUACUUUUGAUCCUGAAAUGUAGCUUCUUCUUAGUUUACUAUGUGGAGAUGAUUAUGAUUUAAUGAAUAUACUAGUUGAAACUUGUA